AGAGGAGCUUUGACAUUCGAUGGAGAGAUCCCAAGAAGAACUUGAAGCUUCCAACAAUGGCGGAUCAUCACCGAACAAGAUAACUGGAUCUGUUGAUGAAGAGGUAGAGUACCCACCUUUAAACUUGGCUCUAACAGUCACUCCAGAGUUUCUCAAGCAGAUUGAAUCACUCCAACAACAACAACGUCAUGACUCCAACUCAACUCCCCCUGGAAAGACAAAACCUAUGAGUUUCCCAAUCUCGAAGAUCACAAUUGGUGAAUGGACCCGCGACGCAGUCUACGAGCAAGAUCUCAAGGGUAAAAUCUAUUUUGCAUAUAAGAAGAUCAUGUGGGAGUGUCUCGAAGACGACGUAACAACAGAAACAACGAGAAGGAGGAGUAGGAAGAUUGAGAUGCAAUGGUGUGAUGUCUUGUCUCUUAAACCAUGGUACCAUCCACAUGAUCAAACCGGAAUCCUUAGUGUCGAGCUGAGAAAACCUCCAACGUUCUUCAUAGAGACUAAUCCACAGGCACUAAAACACACUCAGUGGCAAAAGUUGGAUCAAGAUUUCACAUUUAAUCACUCUGCUUCUCGUAGCAGGAUGCAUACACUUCAUUUUGCUCCUGGAGUUCUGCAAGCGAAUAUGGAGAAGCUUGUGUCAGGCGAUAGGUUUUGGUCAGAACUGGUCAAAGUCCACUUCCCAACUUCGGAUCAUCUUUACUUCGACAUUUGCCAUGGUAACCACGAGGACAGCAACAACUAAUGACUGAGUGUACUCCUGAUAUUGACAUGGGAGAGAUGAUUUCAACGGCAAAUGUAUAGAACCCACUACUUACUAAAGUUAUAGCUUCUUCUUCUGUUUCCAUUUAUAGAUUUGUCCUCUUUAGGUCUUUUUUACUUGUUGUAUAUAUACCUCCUCUUGGGGUCUUGUAAUGCAGAA